CCCGGCGGUCACCUUUUGUUUCCGGGGGGUCACAUUUCCCUGCUGCUCCAGUUUGGAAAAGAUGGCGGACAUGGAUGAAUUGUUCGGCAGUGAUGGGGACAGCGACAACGAGCAGCGAGAGUCUGGCUCUGGCUCCGGUUCCGACUCGGAGCAGGAGAGGCCCCGAUCUCCCAGCAACGCCUCAGGCAGUGGCAGCGACAGCGAGAGGGAACGGGGUGGUGCUGGUGAUGAUGACGACGAUGAUGAUGAGGAUGGCCAGGAGGCAGGAAAACCCAGUAUGAAUAAGGAAUUGUUUGGAGAUGACAGUGAGGAUGAACAGCACAGUCAACGCAGUGGCAGCGAUAACCAGUCGGAGCGGUCAGGGAAUCAGUCGGACGCUAGCGUGCACUCAGACCAGGGAGACAACGACCAAUCUGACGCGGAGCAACACAGCGGGUCGGAGCGCGGCCACCGGGACGAGGACGAAGACGACGAGGACAGGGGCCACCGCUCAGACGGAGGAAGUCCAGACGGAGGAAGCCCGGCUGAAGGAAGCCCGGCUGGAGGAAGCCCGGCUGGCAGCGGUAUGUCUGGAGCAGGGAGCCCCCGCUCUGACAGAGGCAGCGUGCGUUCAGACAGAAGCGUGCACAGCGAUCCCGGGACUCCACAGUCGGCGCCGGCCACUCCUCACUCUGACGGAGAAGCUUCUGGCAGGGAGAAUCAGUCGGACGAUGAUAAGUGGGGAGGGGGGGCCAAGAGCGACCAGUCGGAGGACGAGGAGGAGAAACGUCACUACUCUGACGAGGAAAGGGAGAACUCUGAUGACGAGGGGCCGAGGAACAGGAAGUCAGAGUCCCCAAAGGGCAGCGAUAGUGAAGAUGAUUUCCUCAGACAGAAAACCAAAGCGAAAGCCGCCUCUGAUUCAGAUUCGGACAGUGACAUUGGAUCAAAGAAAGUGAAUAAAACUGCAGCGGACGACCUGUUCGGAGAGGCGGAUGACAUCUCUUCAGACAGCGACGCAGACAAGCCUCUGACCCCGGGACAGCCCCUGGAUACAGAAGAUGGGAUGGACGGCGAUCAGGCAGAAGAGGAGCCUGCGCCUGAAACACGUAUCGAAGUCGAAAUCCCAAAAGUCAGCACGGACCUCGGAUCUGACCUUUAUUUUGUCAAGCUCCCCAACUUCCUGUCUGUGGAGCCCAGACCGUUUGAUCCUCAGUAUUAUGAAGAUGAAUUUGAGGAUGAAGAAAUGCUGGAUGAAGAGGGAAGGACCAGGCUCAAACUGAAGGUGGAGAACACGAUUCGGUGGCGAGCCAAGCGAGACGAGGAGGGAAUUGAAACACGAGAGAGCAACGCACGCAUUGUUAAAUGGUCUGAUGGCAGCAUGUCCCUCCACUUGGGAAACGAAGUGUUUGAUGUUUACAAAGCGCCUCUCCAGGGAGACCACAACCAUCUGUUCAUCCGACAGGGCACCGGACUGCAGGGACAAGCUGUGUUCAAAACCAAACUAACGUUCAGGCCCCACUCCACAGACAGCGCCACCCACAGGAAGAUGACUCUGUCUCUGGCUGACCGCUGCUCCAAGACGCAGAAGAUCAGAAUCCUUCCGAUGGCUGGGCGAGAUCCCGAGUCGCAGCGCACCGAAAUGAUCAAGAAAGAAGAGGAGCGCCUCCGAGCUUCUAUCCGCAGGGAGUCCCAGCAGAGGAGGAUGAGGGAGAAGCAGCACCAGAGAGGCCUGAGCAGCAGCUACUUGGAGCCCGACCGUUACGACGAUGACGAGGAGGGCGAUGAGGCCAUCAGCCUGGCAGCCAUCAAGAGCAAAUACAAGGGUGGAGGAGGACUGAGAGAGGAGCGAGCGAGGAUCUACUCGUCAGACAGCGACGAGGGCUCUGAUGACGACAAAGCCCAGAGGUUGAUGAAGGCCAAGAAGCUGGACAGUGAUGAGGAAGGCGAGGGAUCGGGCAAGAGAAAGGCAGACGACGACGAGGAAAUGGCCACCAAGAAGGCCAAGAAAUAUGUCAUUAGUGACGAAGAGGAGGAGGAGGAGGAGGAGGAGAUGGAAGAGGAGGAGGAGGAUGAUGAAUAAUUCACUUUUUUUAAUCAUUCCACUGUAUUAUCAGUGCUCAAACCUGCAUGGCCAUGUAAACAGCCAUAUUUGUUUUGUAUAUUUUCUUAAGACCAGUGUGUGGGUAAGAGUCUGUGUGUCUGAUUGUUUGUGUUUGCUUGUCUACGUUGUGUACAGCAGAGGUGAGAAAUAAAGAAAUAGUUGUCUUACAUAACCAAAAA